UUUUUCUCAUUACCAGCGCACUGGGUUGCCAUCUCUCGUGUAUCUAACGACUGCACACAGGCUCGUUCUGUGUUGAUAGUCGUAAAAGCCCCCUCCCACAUGCCACCAAAUCUUACGCCCGCGGGGCCAGACAAUGACCGCGGACCACCCUCGGCCACAUCACUUCGACACCAGGACGAUGUCAUAACGCCGGUCCGCGAGUCCCACGGUCUCAUCAGCGACAAGGUAGGGAGGAGGUCUACUGAAAAAGCAGAAGGCCCUGAUGAAGUUUCGGUCCACGAUACGGGCUCAGAAAGGCGCCGAAGCGGACGACACAGCAGUGACAAUGACACCAGCAACAGGAACAACCACAGAUGGCGUGGCUACAUGAAGAGAGACGGCAAGUUGAGGCCAUUCAGGCUGCUGAAGGAGGACUUUGGCAACUUCAGACUGAGGUACCUCUCUGACUGGACCGUGUUCAAUCAGCUUGUCCUGGCGAGCGCGGUGUACGUCUUUUUCACCAAUAUCUUGCCCGGCAUCACGUUCGCGAGCGACUUGUAUGUUUUGACUGGGGAGUCGUGGGGCACGAUUGAGGUGGUGUUUAGUACUGGGCUUUGCGGCAUCAUCUUUGCCUUGUUCUCAGCUCAACCAUUGACGAUUCUUGGUGUUACGGGGCCGUUCUCAGUGUUGGCGGAGAACAUUUACACACUAUGCGAGAAUUCAUUCAAGAUCCCCUUCCUACCCUUCAUGGCCUGGUCCCUGGUUCACUCGGGCUGGAUGCACUUCCUCUUGGCCAUCUUCAACGCCCAUGACUACACCAUGCAAUACGUCACCGACUUCAGCGCCGACAUCUUCUCCCUCCUCAACAGCGUGAUCUACUUCCACAAGGCCAUCAGGGAGCUCCAGCGCACCAAAGCAGCCGUCUCCCUCGCCGCCUUCCUCUACUCCAUCAUCGGCGCCGCGGGCACCUGUCUCCUCGCCAUCGCCCUCUCGACGGCCGUGUCGUGGAAGCCGCUGUUCCACCGGUACAUCCGCAUGGGCCUGACCGAGUAUGCCGCCGCCAUCUCCAUCGUCUUCUUCAUCGGCAUGCCGUACGUCGGCGACCUGGCGACCCUCGACCACAACAGGCUCGAGGUCUCAAAGUCGUUCCGGCCGUCAUCACCGAGCCGCGAGUACUUUUUCGUCGAGUUCUGGAAACUUCCCGUCGGCUGGAUCUUCAUCGCCAUCGUCCCCGGCAUCAUCAUAACCGUCCUCUUCUACUUUGACCACGAGAUCAGCAGCAUUAUCUGCACAGCCAAGAGGUACGGCACCCAGAAGCCCGGCGGGUACGCGUGGGACGUCAUGCUCCUGGGCAUCACGACAAUCAUGUGCGGCAUCCUCGGCAUCCCGCCCGCCAACGGCCUCCUUCCGCAGGCGCCGCUCCACUCCGAGUCGCUUAUGUACACCGUCUACGAGGACCCGCCGCCCGUCGACGAAGAAGCCGAGGAGGAAGGGCCCGGCGAGGGCCCCCCCGCAAAACCCGUCCAGCGCGUCCACGAGCAGCGAUACUCGGCCUUCCUCCAGGCGGCAGGUAUCCUGCUCUUCGUCUCGCCGCCCUUUCAGCACGUGCUGGGUUUCACGCCGACUUCGGUCCUAGCGGGCCUCUUCAUGUUUAUGGGUUUCCAGUCGCUGUCUGUGAACCCGAUCCUCACGAGGAUCUGGCACCUUCUGACGCCCAUUUCGGAGCUGCCUGCCUUGCCUCACGGCGCUAGUUGGAUAGGGAUUCAUUGCUACACGAUCGCGCAGAUCGUGCUCACGGGCAUCGUCUUUGGUGUCACGUUGACCGUUGCCGCACCCGGGUUUCCCAUCAUUAUCAUCAUUCUGGUGCCCGUGCGGUUGUUCUUUAUGAAUAAGGUUUGGAGCCGGCAGACGUUACGGUACGUUGAUGGAUGGGCGACGCGGGAGGGAAAGCCGGAGGACGACGAGAAUGAUCGGCGCCGGGAGGGUUUGGUUGCGUCGAAUGAGACAUCUAGACGGGUUCCUGAUGAGGAAAGGGGGUCCAAGACGGGACUUUUACACGAUACCUCAGCUUCACCAACUAUAAGGGCUGUCGGCACCAUGUCUCUGUCCGUGGCAGGAAAAUACGCAGUCAUCACCGGCGCAGGAUCAGGCAUAAACCUCGCCUUUGCAAGAUUACUCCUGGAAAAGGGCUGCUCCGUCAUAAUAGGCGACCUCGCCCUCCGCCACGAAGCACAAAAGCUCCUAGAGCAAUACCCUCACCCCCAACCCGGCAGUAACACCUCCAACAACAAAAACAACAGCGACCGCCCCUCAGCCCUCUUCCAAGAAACGAACGUCGCAUCUUGGCCCUCCCUAUCCCGUCUCUGGUCCAGCGCUCUCUCCUCCUUCCCCCAAAUCGACAUCGUUGUUCCCGGCGCGGGUCUCUUCGAACCAGCAUGGAGCUCCUUCUGGCACCCUCCCAAGACAGGAACGAACCCGGACAGUGAAUCAAGAGACGCGGCGGACGCGGAGCCGGGAACGUACGCCGUUCUGGACGUGAAUCUGACGCAUCCGAUCCGGCUGAGCCAGCUUGCGAUCGGGUACUGGACGCAGGAGGGGAAAGGGGGGUGUUUGGUGCACGUGAGUAGUAUCGCGGGGCACGCGGCGGGGAUCGGGUCGCCGUUGUAUAUUGCGAGCAAGCAUGGCCUUCACGGCUUUGUGAGGUGUAUGGCGGGGAUGAGGGACCGGUUGGGAAUUCGGUGUAGUGCUGUUGCGCCUGGGGCCGUGAUGACUCCAAUGUGGUCGGAGGACCCGGGAAAGAAGCACAUGACGCAGGGCGAGGGCGUCGAGCUGUUCCUCGAGCCGGAGGAGGUUGCAAGGGGCAUGCUUGAGUUGUGCGAGAAUCCAGAGUACGGUAACGGGACGAUUCUGGAGGUUUCCAAGGGGGCUACGCGCGUGGUUCCUUUAUAUCGGGCUGAGCCGCCUAGUGGUGUUGGUGUUGUCUUGCCCAGACUAGCUGAGAAUGCGGAAAAGGUGUGGAAGAAGCUUGAGGGUCCUGGGUUGCGGAUUUAG